AAAAAAUGUGAGUCGUGCUGUGCACACACACACUCUCUCGCUCGCUAUCUCUCUCUCUUACCUGCUAGGUACCUAACUUUGCUGGCUGGCUCAGUUCACUCACUCACGCACUCACUCACGGACUUACCUAUCUAACGACUCCCCUCCGCACUACUCACCAACACACUAACACACCUACCUUUCUUCCGGACCCCAUCACCCCAUCCACACACACACCCACCACAAACCACCCGCUUACCCAACCCAUCUCAUCACAGCACUCGAAGCAAAGCAACAGUAAGUAGGUAAGCAGCUCGCAGCGCCCACCCACCCAAUCAACCGCCCGCCUCACAGCCCUCUCCAUUCUCACACCACAGCACAGCACAACAACGCGAGCCGAGGCACCAAAAAGAUGGAAAGCCGCUACACAGCACCCGCAACCCCCCCAAAAAGGAGGACACGGGCUACUGUACCGGCCACGGGCCCGCCUACCGCAUGCCGCAGAGCAGCAGCAGCAGCAGCAGCAGCCGAGAACGCAAAAAGGCGCCAGAUCCUCCCGCGCCCGGUCGUCCGCCUCGGCAACCCGCAGCCACCCACCCACCCACCAAGGCAGCACCCCCAUCCGGAGAUCCGCGCGUACCAGCACACCUGCGCGGCCGCGCGGUCGUGCGUGCAGUGCAGGCGCGCCUGACGAUCACCCGGCACGGCACGGCAAGCCAUAGCCAGGGCCGAGCGCGCGCGCGCGAGCGGCGCGACCAACCUGCCUAGCUAGCUAGGCCGAUCAUCCGCCUGAAAGCGCACGCAGGAGGAGAAACACCAGAAAGAGCUCGUACUGUAGGAACAGCCUGCCAGCACCCACGUACGCCAGCACGCAAGCAAGCAAGCAGCCGUUCCAGGGCCGGGGCAGGGGCUGGGACCGCCCGGAGCGCGCGCGCGCGCGCUUGCCCGCGCCGGAGAUAGGGAGGGGAAGCGCGACACGAGAGCGGUGAGAGACUCUGCGCUCCAACAUCACCACCACACCACCUGCCGCCGGGUCUGAGUCGAGUCGAGUCGAAUCCGAGUCUAGACGGGCGCGAGAACACACGCCUUGGCACAACGACUGACUGUUGCCUGGGCCAACGCGAGCCAGACGCGGAUGGUCUGGAUUGGAGGCUUGGAGCGGAGCGCCGCAG